AGCUAACAAGGUGGCGCCAUUCGUGUCCCGUGAAUGGAGAGAGCUGUUCAACCAAGUCAAUCCAUCCGGCUGUUUUGGAUACAUCAGCGUCAUCAAAAGCGCUCAUCAGCUGGAUGUUUGGUUCGCCCUGCUCACGCGGUCAGUGGGUCGUCAACAUGACGACGUCUGACGCCACGGCGUAGACGGUCCAUCAAAAACUGAGAAGUCUCUUCAAUAAUCCGGAAACUCUUUCAAUAAAAAGGAUCUUUUCACGCAUAAAAAAAAAAAAAAUAAAAUAAAAACGGAGCCAAGAUGGAAGGCCUUCAUUUGCUGGACGUGUCCGAUUUGACGGCUGAUGAUGGAACUAACGAUUCGUGGCCAACGGUGACGGCCGUCGGUAACUGUAGUAAUCCGCUGGACGAAGUCGACUGGUCUCAACCGGGCCUGAUCAUCUCCUUGGUCAUCCUGGGCGCCGUCAAUGUCCUCGUCCUUUUCGGCAAUUGUCUCGUCGUCCUGGCCGUCUUCCUCGACUCGAAACUGCGGACAGUCACCAACCUAUUUAUCGUCUCGCUGGCCAUGGCCGAUCUCUCGGUCGGUCUGGCCGUCUUGCCGUUCAGCGCCUCGUUGGAAGUGCUGGACAUGUGGAUUUUCGGAGAGAUUUGGUGCUCCAUUUGGCUGGCCGUCGACGUCUGGAUGUGCACGGCCUCCAUUCUCAAUUUGUGCGCCAUCAGCCUGGACCGCUACCUGGCCGUCACUCGCCCAGUGUCCUACCCGUCCAUCAUGACACCGUGGCGGGCCAAGAUACUUUUAGCCAUCGUCUGGCUUCUGAGUUUCCUCAUCUGUUUCCCACCGCUGGUCGGCUGGAACGACCGCAAAAUCAACCGGCAUCCGUCGCUCCAGCACUGCGACGACUGGUCCUGCGAGUUGACCAACGAUCCGGGCUACGUCGUCUACUCGGCCCUGGGCAGUUUCUUCAUCCCGAUGCUGGUGAUGCUCUUCUUCUACUGGCGGAUCUACAGGGCGGCCGUCGAGACCACCAAAGCCAUCAAUCAAGGUUUCCGCACCACCAAGCAGGAAGGGGGUGACGGGCGCCAGUGCGUGGAGAACAAGGAACGGCUGACGUUGAGGAUUCACAGAGGCCGUUCGGGACAUCAGAAACCACCAGCCGCGUUGACGUCGGUCCUUUUGGCCAGACAUGGAUGUCCUCCAGGUUUGGGUCCGGCGCUGGCUGGCCUCGGUAGUCGUGAUAUAGUCAGCCGUCUAUCGGAUAUCACUACAACGCCGGUGGUCACCGGUGACGUGGACAACUGCCGACUUGAUCUACCGCAGAUCACCGUCACGGCGGCCGUGCCCACCGUCGAAACCGAUUGCGCUUUAUGUCGAGACGGCCAACAGGAUCGUUUCUAUCAGCAACAACAGUUGCAACAGUUCCAGCAAGUGCAUCAACAACCGUCGUCCGGCUUGCGGGAGAACGUGUCCAAUGCCUCGCAAGCUUACAAGGUCCUCUACAUGGAGACGCCAUUGUGCAGCUGCGGCAGGAUCAGCGCCAACGGCCGUCCAACGAAGGUGGGCAAUAAUAAGCGGAGCGCUUUGGAAAUAUUCCAAACGGCCGGCAAUCACAGCAAGAAGAACAACAAGUCGAAAUACGGUGGCCAUCGAUGUCUGGCGCCGAGGAACGGCGGUCUGGCCAGCAUCGGGGAUGAUGGAAGCGAUCCUUCCGGCUCGACCAAUAGCAGUACAAAGCCAUUGAAAAUGAACAGGAGGAGUAACAUCAAAGCGCAGGUGAAACGCUUCAAAAUGGAAACGAAAGCGGCCAAGACAUUAGGCAUCAUUGUCGGCGGUUUCAUCGUUUGCUGGAUGCCGUUCUUCACGAUGUACGUGAUACGGGCCUUCUGUCCGCAGUGCAUCCCGUCGGUCCUCUUCUCCGUCCUCUUCUGGCUGGGCUACUGCAAUUCCGCCAUUAAUCCGUGCAUCUACGCCCUGUUCAGUCGGGACUUCCGCUUCGCCUUCCAGAAGAUCGUCUGCCAGUGCCUGUGCACUAAACGCUCUCACGCCCAGCAUCUCAGCUGCAUCAAGAUGAUGGUGCCACAGGGUAUGAUCGCUGGCCUUGGCAGCGGAGCCUUCAACACGGACGACUCGGACCCAUACGCCAAUGACCAUUCGGAUCAAUCCAAUUGAUUAUUCCAUAAAUAUCCUUCUUUUUUUUUUUUGUUCUUUCGAUGUGUGUGUGUGUUUUAUUUUGUGGCGAUGAGAGAAAUCCUUUACGAAAAAAAAAAAAAUAAUAAAUCAGACACUCCGAUGUACGAAUGAGAUGUAGGUGAUAAAAGUAAUUAACAAUUGCAACGUCUUAAAUCAUUCCUGUAACAAUUGUUUCUUUUUAUUUGGAUCUUACGUUACCUGACUAGUCUCUGUUGUUUGUUUCGUCUGUUUUCGUUGUUCAUUUUCCUGCAGGGAAUAGCGAUAAAAUCAAAUUGUUGGUUAACGAUUAGAUUUAGAAACAAUCACAUCCCCUUUGAUCGUCUGUUUGGCUUGUCCGAAUCUGACCCCUCAUUUCACAUGGAUGUUUGAUGUCUCGCAUUCAGUGUUUGCAUAUACAUUUUGAUAUUAAAUAGCAUCGAGUUUUUUUUUAAACAAGACACCAUCAACAUCAUAGCUGUUUUUAAUCAUUUAAAAGUCAAGCGCAACAAAGUAAAAAAAAAAAAAAUGAAUAAAAAAAAAACUCCCAUUCGUGACCCCCCUUCACCGUGAUUUCAUCCCCCCCCCCCCCCCCACUUUCGUGUCAUUUCGAUGUGUACAAUUUUCGUAAAUAGAUUCCGAGAGGCUAAAACUACAUAGGAAGAAACAUGAAUUGUGUUAAAUGCAAUCUUGCUGUUAUCGAAUGAACAAUAUAAUUUAUAUGAUG